UGUUAUCUCCCUUUGCAGGCGGAGUGAUGCUGCCAGACAGCGGAGUAUCAUCAUGCCCAAGUUCUACCAUGUCGAUUCGCUCAGUGACCGCAUCCCCCUGCAGAUCGUCCGGAAAGAAGUGCCCCUGUCACCGGCCGAGAAACAGUACUUGUUGGCGGUAGAGCGGGGCGACUACGCCAGUGUUCGACAUGCGCUCGAAGAGGCGGAGAUUUACUUCAAUAUCAAUAUCAAUUGCAGGGUGAAAGGAGCCGGCGAACCAAAGGAUCCUCUGGGUAGAACUGCGCUCCAGAUUGCCAUUCAAAAUGAGAAUAUCGAGAUCAUUGAACUCCUUCUACGGUACCAUGUUCACGUGGGCGACGCUCUUCUUCACGCCAUCGACGAGGAGGUCGUGGAGGCCGUCGAACUCCUACUCAACUACAAACCUCCAAAGAAGGACCUCCAUGUCCGGAUACUUCAAGAGACACAAGAAUCUGACUACGACUCGGAUAUCUCACCAGUCAUCAUGGCGGCCCAUCGGAACAACUACGAGAUUCUCAAGGUGCUUUUAGAACGCGGAGCUUCGAUCCCUAAACCUCACGACGUGAAGUGCGGCUGUGACGACUGCAAGGCCAGUAUACGACACGAUGGUUUGCGGCAUUCACGGUCGAGGCUAAAUAUUUACCGCGCCCUGGCGAGCUCUUCGCUGAUCGCCCUCUCCAGCGACGAUCCAGUACUCACAGCCUUUGAGCUGAGUUGGGAGCUGCGAAAACUCAGUCAUAAAGAAAACGAGUUCAAAGAAGAGUACGAGAAGUUGGCCGAGAACUGUCGAGAGUUUGCGACCCAGCUGUUAGACCAGACGAGAGGGUCCCACGAACUAUCGACGAUCCUCAACCGAGACGAAGACGCGCCAUCGGGGGAGGAACCUCUCAGUAGACUCAGACUUGCCAUCAAAUACAAGCAAAAAGCGUUUACUGCCCAUCCGAACUGUCAGCAGCUCCUCGCCGAGGAGUGGUACCAGGGUCUCCCGGGUUGGCGGCGGCAGCAUUGGACCCUCAAAGUAGCCAUCAGCGUCGUCGUAGGCAUGUCCUUUCCACUGCUUUCCUUCUUGUAUCUCCUAGCGCCCAAGACUAAGCUUGGCCGUAUAUUACGUCUUCCAUUCAUCCAGUUUAUUUGUCAUAGUGCCUCCUACUUGGUAUUCGUCGUCUUACUCCUCAUGGCGUCGCUCGAAUUCGGUAACAAUAACACUUCGAUCACUAAUCGAGUCAACAGUCGCGGUCCACCGCCGUCGGAAGUCGAGCUCCUCAUUGUCUGGUGGAUUGCAGGAUUCGUCUGGGCAGAAAUCAAGCAACUCUGGGAUGCAGGAAUAAUCGAAUAUUUACACGACUGGUGGAAUUUACUCGACUUCAUAACCAACUCGCUUUACAUAACAGUAAUAGGUCUUAGGAUAACGGCCUACGUAAAUAUACACAUUAUACAGAACGAAGAGUAUGGUGAUAAGGACAUGCCUCGAGAUGAUUGGGAUAUGUGGGAUCCAACCCUUCUGGCAGAAGCAGCUUUCGCAGUAGCAAAUGUAUUAAGCAUGCUCCGUCUCGUCUACCUGUUCACUGCCAACUCUCACCUAGGUCCUCUCCAGAUAUCUCUAGGUCGCAUGGUGGAAGACAUCGUCAAGUUCGCUUUCCUAGCCAUCCUCGUCCUCUUCUCCUUCGCUGCGGGUCUUAAUCAGCUUUACUGGGUGUAUAGAAAGACUCCUACUGGGCUAGAUACGUGCACUGGCGUGACAUGCGCAGAGCAGGACCAUAAUGUCUUCUCAAAUAUGCUCUCAUCACUAGAGGCGCUGAUGUGGGCAAUCUUUGGUCAGCUUCAGGUAUCUGUGGUCAAUCUACCCGAAACACAGCAUGACGUCACUGUGUUUAUCGGCGCCGUCAUGCUCUGUACAUACAGCGUCAUCACCAUCGUCAUCCUUCUCAACCUCCUCAUCGCCAUGAUGAACACCUCAUUCCAGAAAAUCCAGACCCGAGCCGACAUGGAGUGGAAGUUCGCCCGAGCCAAGCUCUGGAUGAGUUACUUCGAGGAAGGCAACACCCUCCCCUCCCCCUUCAACAUCAUUCCCAGCCCUAAGUCAUUCUAUUUCUUAUUCCGAUGGUUAUGGAAAAAUAUAUGCUGCUGCCAGUGGAAACAGAAGAAGCUAGCCAGUGUCAACAGAGUGCGUGAUCAGACACAGAAGAAAAAAGAGAAAGAUGACGAUUACCAGAAAGUCGUGAAAAACUUGGUGAAGCGUUACCUGAAGUAUUCUAAGCGUGGUGAACAAGAGAAGGGUGUCACCGAGGACGAUCUGAACGAGAUUAAACAGGACAUCUCCGCCUUCCGCUAUGAGAUGCUGGAAAUUCUCAAGAAGAAGGAACCAGUGGUCGCUCCAAAAAGUGUCUCGUUCCAAAAUGGAACUGGGGGCAAUGGCCCCGAUCAUUCACGAAAGACCACGAACUCCUCCGAAGACGAAAAUAGCCUUCACCGAGUCCCGUCGUACCUCUAUCGGAAGGGAAAGAAGGGUAAGAAGAGCCCUCAGCAUCGCGAUCAACCUUCCAUUAAGCCAAUCAAGAGCGCUCCCAUUCGGGAGGAGGACUACUCCAUGCCGGAGUUCUUAAAAGUGAAAAACGUCAAGAAUGUGGUGCUGGCGGUCAACGAACUUCAAAAGAAAUCAAUGAGGAGGAGACUAUCGCAGGCUGCGGCUUCGGAGAUGCGAAAUCAGGAAGAAAGGCGGUUGUCGUCAUCGUCUCUGUCACCGGAAGUCGUACCGGAGGUGGCUUUACCCUGGAAAAGGGCAGCUCUGAGUGAUUCUGGUAUUUCCGAAUCGGUGGAAGACCCGCCCACUUCAAGGAAACUCGAUACGGUUGAUGAGUAUUCGACGGAGGGUGAGGGGGAAGGUGGCAACGGUGGUAGUCAUGAGAGGAAAGAAAAGGAGGUUGAUGAUGUGGACGAUUCAUCGCGAAGAUCAUCGCUGAGUGGAAGAGCUCCUCUGAGAAGGGAAAAGGCUUUUGCCUCACGAAUGGAGGAUGAGGACAGUCCACCAUCGAUUCCUCAAGGAGAUCCAGACGCACCUUCUCCGGACGCUAGUGCUGACUCGCAAAGCACCUCAGGAAUAGCCUCAACAAACAAUAGCUUCCAAUCCCAGGACUCAAGAGAGGACGACCCUGACGACGAGAAUGACGAUGAUGAUGACGACGACGACGAUGAUGAUGAUGAUUUGCAAAUCCCCGAAGACAAUGCUACGAACAGCCUCGAUGAGAACGAUGAAGAUGCUUCGAUCGAUCGAGUGAAUUCGUCGCCGCUUCUCGGUAACGGCGGGGACGUUGGAGACCAGCCCUUGACAGAAAUUCCGCAGCUUAACUGGCAAACCAAAAGGCCUUCUUAUCCAUGGGCGGACAAUAAUUCCCCAAAGGAUGGAAUCGAAAUGAAAAGAUAUGUCUACAAUGGUUUCAACAAUUUACCGCACUAAAACAUUCGAGUUUUUUUUUAAGUGUAUUAUAAUUGGUUAUUCAAUGCAGCUACUAGUGUACGGUCAAUAAACGUUUAUCAUGAUAAUUAUCAGAGCAAUUAUAUCAUCAACAUUUUCAUCCACGUAUUCAUUUGUGAUAGUGUUAAAAAAGAACAGACACCGUUACCUCGGAGAUAUUUUCAAUAAAUGGUGAGCGUGUAAAGAACUGCUGUAUAACAAAGUCAAGCCCCAAAAUGUAUUCUGAACUUGAUAAAAUCACUCAAUCA